GAAAAUAUCGCGAUUUUUGUGGGGAAGAUGGGAAGGGUAGAAGGCUCAAGCUCAAUGAGAUCGUCCUGGUCGCCACUCGCAUCAGUGGCAAUCUCCACUCCGGACAACCUUCUCACUGAGAGAGACUCAGGUACGAGGACGCGAUCCCGGAAUUAGUUUCUAGGUCUCUUCAUCUUCUCCCUUUUCGAACCCGCAGCCUCGGCGUGUUCUCCGUCUCCUAAUUCACGGUGGGGAAUAACCUCGUCCUUCGGUGACAGAAGUGGGGGAAGAAUGGCAAUGUGGAGGAGACUAUCGCCCACGUUACGGGUUCUACUAAAUCCUCUUCAUCCUCCUUCUUCUUCUUCAUCAUUUUUGAAGUUGAGAGUGCAGAGCACGUUGCCGUCAUCCACCAACAAUGGAGUCCCCGACUCUCCGCUGAUACCCAGAAACCCCAUUCUUUCUGGUGGUUGGUUUAGGUCGUACAGUAGCCUCCUGAGCCUGAAUGAUCUCAGAGAUAAUAAGGGAUCGAGGAAGCAGAAAACGAGGAAAGGGAGAGGUAUUGGAUCUGGGAAGGGGAAGACCGCGGGAAGGGGACACAAGGGACAGAAGGCCAGGGGGACGAUGAAGUUCGGCUUCGAAGGUGGGCAGACGCCAUUGAGGAGAAGGCUGCCCAAGAGAGGAUUCAAAAAUCCCUUCAGUUUGACGUUUCAGCCAGUUGGCUUGGGAAAGAUUGCAAAACUCAUAAAUCUCGGCCGGAUUGAUUCCUCAGAGUUGAUAACAAUGAAGACCUUGAAGGAUGCUGGUGCCAUUGGAAAGCAGAUAGAAGAUGGUGUAAGAUUGAUGGGACGCGGUGCUGAACAUAUCAAGUGGCCUAUCCACCUUGAGGUGUCAAGGGUAACAGUCAGAGCAAAAGAAGCAGUAGAAGCUGCAGGUGGGUCAGUGAGGAAGGUUUACUACAACAAGUUAGGCUUCCGUGCACUGCUCAAGCCAGAAUGGUUCGAGAAGAAGGGAAGGCUGUUACCAAGACCAGCAAGACCGCCACCAAAGCAACGGGAUAAGGUUGACAGUAUUGGCCGUUUGCCUGCACCAAGAAAACCAAUCCCUUUUGAAUCACCUGAGACAGAACCUGGCUCUGCACCAAUGUUAUCAUAGUCUGGAACGACCAUUAGUCCAUUGCUUUUGUUCCAUCCAAGAAAACAUUGUAGCUAUUUUGUGCUUCUGAAUCUCUGAUCGUUUUUGAUCCCAAAAGUUCCUGUAUUUUCUGCAUCAUAGUUUUUUGACUGCAGAAGUUGCUGUAUGUUUUGCCUCGGUUGUUUUGACUGCAGCAGUUGCAUUUCUUCAAGUAUUACUGUUUUACACCCACACACAUGCAAGUGUUUUUGAUUAACAAAUCUUUUAUGUUUU